AUGGCGGACAAUGCGGGCCGGCAGCCGCCGCCAUCGAUCGGCCAACAGGAUGACAUUGCUCUGGGGGUGACACAAUCCCACGAGGCUACCCGUCCCGGCCCCGGCGAAAAGGAGACACUCAGCCAGCCGUGCCUUGCAACAUCGCACGGCGAUAACGAUGACUUGCCCCACGACGUCCCUCAAGCAGGCAAGAAGAAGGGUCACGGUUACUUUGGGAAGCACGGCAAGCUGAGGCCGUUUCGCCUGCUCACGGCCGAUUUUCACAACAUCCGCAGCCGCUACUUCUCUGACUGGACCGUCUUCAACCAGCUCGUGCUGGCGAGUACUGUCUAUGUCUUCUUCACCAACCUGCUCCCAGGCAUCACCUUUGCCGGCGACCUCUAUGUGCUGACCGGUGAAUCCUGGGGAACCAUCGAAGUCGUUUUCAGUACUGGUCUCUGCGGCAUCAUCUUCGCUCUGUACGUACCCUCUGCUGUGUGCCGUCAGACCCCCGCCCCCCAGGCAAACGUACCCUCGGAACCCCUCCUGACCAUUGCCAGCUUCUCGGGCCAGCCGUUGACCAUCCUCGGUGUCACGGGCCCCUUUACUGUUCUCGCCGAGAACAUCUACAAACUCUGUGAGGAGAACUUUGGGGUCCCCUUUCUCCCCGUCAUGGCCUGGUCGCUCAUCCAUGCCGGCUGGAUGCACUACCUCCUCGCCAUAUUCAACGCACACGACUGGACCAUGCAGUAUGUCACUGACUUUAGCGCCGACAUUUUCUCCCUGCUCAACAGUGUCAUUUACUUCCACAAGGCUGUCCGCGAGCUGCAGCGCACCAAGAAGAUUGUAUCCAUCGCCGCAUUCCUCUACGCCAUUAUUGGCUGCGCCGGUACCUGCCUCCUCGCCAUUCUGCUGUCGACCGCCAAUUCAUGGCAGCCCCUUUUCCACAGGUACAUCCGCAUGGGACUGGCCGAGUACGCCGCCGCCAUCUCCAUCAUCUUCUUCAUCGGCAUGCCCUAUGUCGGCGACCUCGCCACCCUCGACCACAACCGGCUGAUGGUCCAGAAGAACCUUCGGCCCUCGUCCCCCGAAAGGACCCAAUUCUUCGUCGAGUUCUGGAAGGUGCCCGUCGAGUGGGUGUUCAUCUCCAUCAUCCCGGGCUUCAUCAUCACCGUCCUCUUCUACUUUGAUCACGAGAUUAGCAGCAUCAUCUGCACAGCCAAGCGGUACGGUGUGCAGAAGCCUGGGGGCUACGCUUGGGACAUCGCCCUCCUCGGCACGACAACAAUCCUCUGCGGUAUCCUGGGCAUCCCCCCGGCCAACGGCCUGCUUCCUCAGGCUCCGCUCCACUCCGAGUCGCUGAUGCACAGCGUCAUUGAAGACCCGGGCGCUCUCACAGACCCCGAGCCGGGCGAGCCGCCCCCAAAGCCUGUCACGCGCGUCUACGAGCAGCGCUACUCGCACCUCAUCCAGGCUGUCGGCAUCCUCAUUUUUGUCACGCCGCCGUUUCAGCAUGUCCUCGGCUUGACGCCCACCUCAGUCCUCGCCGGUCUCUUCCUCUUUAUGGGAUACCAGUCACUGUCUGUCAACCCGAUUCUCAGCCGCAUCGGUUACCUGGUGACCGCGCCCGCCGACCUCCCCGAGCUGCCUUCAGGUGCCUCGUGGCUCGGCGUUCACAGUUACACCAUUACCCAGCUCGUCCUCACUGGCAUCGUGUUUGGCGUCACUCUGACCGUCGCGGCGCCGGGGUUCCCCAUCAUCAUCAUUGUCCUGGUACCCAUACGCCUGCAUCUUAUGAGCAAGAUCUGGAGCCGCGAGACGCUCCGCUACGUGGAUGGCUGGGCGACGCGCGAAGGUAAGCCUGAGGAUAAUGAGGACGACCGGCGGACGGAUGGCAUGAUGGACCGGAAGACGGAGGCUGUCGACGAAGAAAAGGGGGCGAGGGCUAUAUAG